AUGAUGAAAUGUAUCAAUCCAUUUUCAAAAUCUGACAAACUUGAACACAUAAUUAUAUUUAUUCUUCAUUUCCAGAUCAUUAAAGCUGUCCUAGCAUACAUCACAUGCUGUAUCAUUUUCGUUAACAGUGCACCGACAUGUACAGACCCUACAGACUUACAAACUAAAUUCAACAGUUUAAACGGUGGUGUAGAUUACAGGACAUCAUUUUUCACGGAAGGUUGGAAACAAGACACACUGAAUAAUUCGUUUGUUCAUCUGGUAUUCCACGGAGUCGAUAAAACUGAAAGCAGCUGUCCUUCGACAUUUUUAAAAGGAUCUAAUCUCCCAUUAAUGGUACGUACAUCAUGCCCAUGGUAUUUAGAGAAAACGCCGUAUCGCGCUGAAAUAUUUCCCCAUGAACUCUAUAGAGCUAGCACUAAAUGUUCCAAGUGUAUAGAUGCUUCUGGAGAUCAAAAAUGUUCACCAAUUCAAAAGAAAAUCCAGAUAUUAAAAAAAUCAGGUUGUGAAAAUGGAUUUUAUAAUUACAAAGAAACAGAUACCUAUAUUCCAGUAGCUUAUGUAUGUGCACAGCCAAGAGUGGUAGUAAAUGAUGUACAAAGAACCACAGCCCGACCUCCAGCUCAUGGACCAGUGGAAAUGUAA